AUGAUCAAAAACGUCACAGUUGCUGGUGGUGGUGUUUUAGGAAGCCAGAUUUGCUAUAUGGCUGCAUAUUGGGGCUUCAACGUUACACAUUGGCUUCGAAGUGAAGCAUCCAUCGAAAGGACAAAACCAAAGUUUGACGCAUUACGUGUUAAUAUCCGUAAUGAUCUAGAAGCAACCAAAAACUCACUGGAACAGAUUCAAAACUCUAUCCAAGAGGUUUAA